CACCAAUCCAAAACAUCUUGACAGAUAGCUCGGGAGGCUGCAGGAAGCAUGAUUAAUUCAUAGGUGCGGUAGCAGCACCGUGUUGAUCUUGAUUAUUCAAACGUCGAACGCCAGCCCGAUCUAUGGGCACCUCCGACCCCUCAGGCGCCCAAAGGGAAAGCCAUCUACCGGAACAACAGCCCAUUGUGCCGAAACCAAACCUCAAGGUUAAGAUACCAGAGAUAUAUGACAGGGGACAACCAACAAACUUUCCAGACAGUCCAAAGGCGUACAGAUUAAUAGAACCUCCAAUGGAAGUGAAAUCGGAAGCAGGUGUAAAGGGCAAAAUGCAGCCACAUGAGGAUCGCCACAAAAGAUGGGGAAGGACUCGUGACGGUCGUAAACAACCGACAACAGAUCUCGUAACCCCAAAGGCGUGGAAACCAGAAGAAUGCAGUGAGAAAUCAGGAGCAGAUGUACGAAAGCGAAGUUCUACAGGGGCGAAGAGGGAACAGUCAAAGAGUCGGAAAUAUCUCAGACUGAGGAAGGAUGAGGCUGAGGAAGAUGAUAUGGUUGAGGAAGAAGAUCUGGAACUAAUCAAAGUUAAACUUGAGAAACUCAAGUUAGAAAGAGAGGACAGGAUUAGUAUCCCGAAAAAACUUAGAAUGAGAGAGAGACUCUUUUGCUGCUCAUGCGAAGAGGAUACUGGAGUUGCUGGAGAAUUUGAAUGUUUCUCUUGUAAGCAUAUCAGAUGUCCUGUUGGGCGAAAUCGGGAUAGAACCCAGGUGGUUACAUAGUUUCCAUGGUUCAAAGCACACCACCCUUUCAAUCAGAAUUCUUCAUUCC